CUGAAUGCCAGGGUGCGCUCACGUGACCAGGGCUGGCCUGACGUGGUCGCCAUCUUGCAGCUUGGAGAGAAACUUAGGAAUUUGGCUUGAAUUUCGCCUGGUCUAAGGAUCUGUGACCUUCCUAGGGGCGCUUUCGGGGUUGUGUACGUUCAAGUGCCUUGGCCGUGUUGGAUCGGACGGAGCUCGGGGUUUGUCAGGCCUGGAUUUAGCGGCGAGCGGCUGUGUUAAGUGCCGAGGAACGGAGCUGGUGUUGGUUUGAGACCGAGGAAUUUGAACCGAGCAUUCGCAGGAAGGGAGCGAGGAUGCCCGUCAGAAAACAAGACGCCCACCGGGCACUGGAGCUACUAGAAGAUUACCACGCCAAGUUAACCAAACCUGGAGACCGCCAGCUUCGCGCUGCCAUCGAGCGAGUCAUCCGCAUCUUUAAAAGUCGUCUGUUUCAGGCUUUACUGGAUAUCCAGGAGUUCUAUGAAGUGACACUCCAGGAUGGGACCAAGACGACGGAUCAGAAGACUCGGGAAACCAUUGAGAUCGCCAACAAGUGGGAGGUCGACGCCCCUCUAACCGCACGCAGGCCCACCGAGGAAAUUCUAAGAGCCUUAGCCUUACAAGACAAACAGAACCAAGAGCUGGCCCGGCAGAAGGCGGCUGCCCCCCCUCCCCGCCCAGUGCCGCCCCAGCACUACCAGCCAGUCCAGCCGGUUCAAACCAUCCAAGUUGCAGAUGUGGCGGCCACCGCCCCGCCCGUUGCCAUGGCAGCACGGCAGCCGGUUGCCAUGGCACCCCCGGCCGUUAAGAAGCCGCCCCCGCUGCGGUUCGAUGUGGAGAAGCCCGUGGUGGCUGCGCCAGUCGCUGCCUCAGCUCCGGUUCAGGUGAACGGAGCGGCCGAUGACUGGGAGUAUGAGGAGAUUGUGUUGGAGAGGGUAAGUGGAGGCACCCAGGGCCUGGGGUUCAGCAUUGCCGGAGGAAAUGACAACCCUCACAUCGGGGACGACCCCUCCAUCUACAUCACCAAGCUGAUUCCUGGCGGGGCGGCAGCAGCCGACGGCAAGCUCAGGGUGAAUGACAUCAUCGUGCAAGUUAACGAGGCAGAUGUGAGCGAUGUGACCCACUCGCUGGCCGUCGACGCGCUGAAGAAGGCCGGCUCCACCGUCAGGCUGCUCGUCAGGAGGCGGCGCAUUCCGUACGAAGCUGUGCAGGACAUUGAACUGGUCAAGGGCACUAAAGGCCUGGGGUUCAGCAUUGCCGGGGGUGUGGGGAACCAGCACAUCCCUGGCGACAACGGGAUUUUCGUCACCAAGAUUAUCGAUGGCGGGGCAGCGCAGCAGGACAGCAGGCUUCUGGUCGGUGACCGGCUGAUCGCGGUAAACGGCAUCACCAUGGAGAACGUGACACAUGAAGAGGCCGUCUCAACCCUGAAGUCCACCGCCGACACCGUCAUGCUCACCAUCGCUAGGGGUCCCGGGUUCAUGAACGACUUUGCGGUUACGGAGGAGUCAGUGAUGAGCAUGCCCGUGGCCAUGUCAGCCCCGCCUGCAGCGCCCCCUGUAGGGAACGACGUGUACAGCACCGUCGACAAGGGCAAGGUCGACAUCCUGGACUCGUACGCAGGAAAACCGCCGGAACCCCUCAUGGUGUCCGAGGACGAAACCAUCACGAGGGAACCCCGUACGGUGACCUUGAAGAAAGGGAACACCGGUUUAGGGUUCAACAUCGUGGGAGGAGAAGAUGGGGAGGGCAUCUUCAUAUCUUUCAUCCUGGCCGGCGGGGUCGCCGACCUCAGUGGAGAGCUCAGGAGAGGAGACCAGAUCUUAUCGGUAAAUGGAGAGGACCUGUCGACCGCGACACACGAGGAGGCAGCGGCCGCCCUGAAGGGAGCCGGCGACACAGUCACAAUCGUCGCCCAGUACAGGCCAGAAGAUUAUAACCGGUUUGAGGCGAAGAUCCACGACCUUCGGGAACAGAUGAUGAACAGCUCGGUCAGCCCCGGCAGCCUGAAAACCAGCCAGAAACGGUCGCUCUAUGUUAGGGCUCUGUUUGACUACGACAAGACGAAGGACUCCGGGCUGCCGAGCCAGGGACUCAGCUUCAAGUUCGGCGACAUUCUGCACGUGGUGAACGCCAGCGACGACGAGUGGUGGCAGGCGCGGCUCGUCACAGCCACAGGAGAGGAGGAGGGCCUCGGAGUCAUCCCCAGCAAGAGGAGAGUGGAGAGGAAAGAAAGAGCUCGGUUGAAACAAGUCAAGUUUACCAGAGGAACACUCGAGCCUGGGAGCAGGUCAUCAUUGAGCGACAAAAGGAAGAAAAAUCUGGUUUUGUCUCGGAAAUUCCCCUUCUACAAGAACAAAGAUUCUGACAUGGACACAAGUGAUAUGGAACAGGUGUCCACUAACGCCAGUGAUAGCGAGAGUAGCUACCGUGAAAUUACUGGCGAAUCGGAGGGGGGAGUCGAUGAACCAGUUCUGUCAUAUGAAGCUGUUGUACAACAAGAGUUGAAAUACACAAGACCAGUGAUCAUACUGGGGCCAUUGAAGGACCGCGUAAAUGAUGACCUCAUCUCAGAGUUUCCUGACAAGUUCGGUAGCUGUGUACCACACACGACGCGGUCGAAGCGGGAAUACGAGGUGGACGGCAGGGACUACCACUUCGUGGCGUCGCGGGAACAGAUGGAGCGCGACAUCCAGAACCACCUCUUCAUCGAGGCGGGGCAGUACAACGACAACCUGUACGGAACCAGCGUGGCUUCCGUUAAAGAAGUAGCAGAUAAGGGCAAGCAUUGUAUCCUGGACGUCUCCGGAAACGCCAUCAAGCGUCUGCAGGUGGCCCAACUCUACCCCGUCGCCAUCUUCAUCAAACCCAAGUCUAUCGAGUCUAUUAUGGAAAUGAACAAGCGAAUCACAGAAGAGCAGGCCAGGAAAACGUACGAGCGUGCGCAGAAGCUUGAGCAGGAGUUCGCUGAGUACUUCACGGCCAUCGUGCAGGGCGACACCAUCGACGAGAUCUACGACAAGGUCAAGGGCGUGAUCCAGGACAACUCGCAGCAGACCGCGUGGGUUCCCGCCAAGGAGAAGCUCACGUGAAGCAGCGUCUCGUCCCGGAGCGAACGGGCGCCGGCGGGGGGGAGGGGGGCGCACCAGGCAGCUGAAAAACAUCCAAACCCACACACUGGGUUUUAGUCAUUUUUGGCAACUCCCCAGGGGUGGAGCAUUUAGAACUUCCUGUUGGUCAUUUCCUCAUCAAGCAAGAAGCAAUACUCAAAUCUGGACCAUACCACUGUAGGAAGGGGGGGGGACACAUUUUCAUGAAUUUCCUUAUAUGGGCAUUCGGGAUGCCAUUAAGCCAUCUCCAAAUUUCCUUAUAUGGGCAUUGGGACACAACUCAGCCAUCAGCAAAUUUCCUUAUAUGGGCAAUUAUCUCCAAAUUUCCUUAUUUGGACACAACUCAGCCCUGAUUGGCUGUAACCAUAGUGAUGGGAGGAUGAUUGACAGCUGCCUGUUACCCCGGCAACCCGUCCGUUCGGCCAAUGAGGGGGAGGGAUGAGAAUCGGGGUCGUAACUAUGCACAGACGAGACGGGGGACGUUACGUACUACGUUAGCGAGACGUUGUGUCUUCUUCUGCACGUGCCAAGAAGGGCAGGGCGAUCGACGCGCCUGUCAACGUUCUUAACCGCGGGAGAAGAUGUCUUUAAGUGGGGACUCGGGGACAAGUUUUUACAACAGGCAGAGAUCGUAGACUAGUCUUGAUUGAUUCUUCCCUCACUUUUAACUCUUUGGAGCGGCAGCUGCAGUUCUUACACCAGCUGCCAGGGGUCUCUUCUAGGCAGACCCAGAGAAACCAAAGUUGUUCCUUUUACCAGAUUUGACCGAUGAGAAUUGGACACUAGCAGGCAGCUGACGGCCAUUUGGCGUUGGAAGACCCAAAACUCCCUUUGAAAACCAGGAAAGGAAAAAGGCAGGGGGCAGUUUAGAGCCCCCAAAAUGUUACACCCAGCCCCCAUAUUGUUUAACAUGGAGGUUAGUGUGGAUAGAAGGAGGGAAAGAAAGGUUGAGUGAGAAAAAUUCACAGAAAUCACGACGGAGGCAGGCGGUAAGGGCACAAAGGAAGAUUUUGGGCUGACUCUGUAGAUUUGCUUGUAUUGAUAAAAAUUGUACAGUACAAAAGUUUAUAAAUGUGUUAGUGAUAGCAUGAGACCAAGAUUCACCAAAAAUUUAUUUUCCACUAUGAGAAAAAACUACAAAGGUCGUAGGGUCACCUGGAGGUCAGAGGUCAUCUCCACGGUAAUGCAUGGUAGGGCUUCCAUUGGUCCGUAUCCUCACACUCUGUUUGUCUGCUGUUUAAUUUGGACCAAUGACAGCGCAGCUCGUCCAGGCAUGUAAAGUUUUCCACCUUGUAAACUUCCUCAGACUGAAGUAAGACGUAACACUAUCUUUCCGACUUGUGAAAAGCAAUCUCUCUUUAAGACUCCUUUAAGUGUAUAAAAAGAAGACGAGAACAAAGCGUCCGACACUUUGUGUGACUCACUUAAGACUUCUUACUAAACCUGAGGAUCUGGAGUUGAGAAGUUUCCUGUCUUGUAUGUAUGACUAACCUGCAUGCUUCACGUUUGGACCAGCGCAAGCCGAAAACUUCAGACCUGGGAAUGUUCCACUUUCCACGCAAGGAAAAAAAAAACGGCACAAAAAUAUCUCUUCCUGACACAGACAGACCCGUGGUUUAGCCGACAGGACGGAAGGAGGGGGGGUGGGGAUGUGUUUACUGUGGUUGCCAUAGCAACAUGAACAGUGGACCAGUCCACGUGGUUUGUAGGGGGAGAAGGGUCCAUUUUGAGACCAGAAGCUUCAGCCUGCCUCGGUGUAGUCCAGAUUUUGUGAAGAACAUAGAAACGACUUUUUCUAGACAACGAAAGUUUCAAAACUUCAAAUGCAGCUUUGUUCCCCCCCAUGGCCUUUCUAUAAUGGAAGAUCCCACUGUGCAUACUCCCCUUCCUGCUUGAUUGUAGAGCGGCCCUGCAAGCUGCCUUCCCAUUGGCUACCGUAGAGUGAAACUAAAGGCCUAUUGGUUGCCUACUUAAAACCAGCCAAUGGGAAUCCUGCUUCCAGGGCAGAACCUAUUUAAAUCGGCAGAGCUGCAUGGGUGUUGGUUAUUUUUAUAGUGUAGUGAUACAAAGAAGAGGCUUAUACUUAACUGAAAAAAAUUGAUGGCAAACUUGAAUUUCUUCUUACAACCCGAUGUGAUUUCUGGUAACUAAGGAAAGCGGCUUUCCUGUGCAGCAUGUGUAGUUUCUUGUUUGUAUGUAAGUAGUGAGUAACUAUGGCAACGAUCUCCGUGGCAAUAUCUUAUAUCCUGUCUCAGCGUAGUGCAGUACCUGGUGUGUCCGCCAGGCCGCGCUAAGUUCUGUAGUGGACAGCGUUAUAAUAUAACUACUUAUGCUGACUGUAAUUUUGCCAUCAAAUCGCACGUGUGUACGACUGACUAAAAUUGAAUUAUAAUAGAAGUUGACAUAAAAUUGCUGACUUUUGUGAAAUCUCUUUAUGGUAUUUUUGUCUUCUUCCCAGGAAUGUUGCAUUUUGUAAAUCCUGCGUUGGUCCCUCCUACAUGACUUUGUGUCGACCAGUUUGUGUUUUUGCGACCGAAAGUUUGUCCUGAGCCGCCCUGAUAUCGCAGAGGUGGUCUGUACACAGCUAUGUUAACAGGACUUACAAUAAAUACACUUAACAACAA